CGCAGUGCAAGCUUUGUCCCAGUUAUUGUCACAGGCUUAGAGAGCCUCUUUACCAAGUGAGAGGCUUUGGCGACAUAUGUCAUUUCAGUGAGUCUCCUGUCGCUCCUUUUAGCCGCUUGAGUGGAGGGGCGGGCAGGGAGGCGGGCCUGUGCACCAGGAGAGGAACAACGUGAGUUUGAGGAGGAAGGACAUGUCAGAGAUGUUAGUUCAGAAAGAGUUGUUGGAAUGAUCCCUUGAUGGUUCUGUCCCGUACUACUGUAUUUUUUUAUGGACUUGUAGUGCGGCUGCAUUGGGCCUCUGCUAGAGCUGGACUUAAUAUGUAGAAUGACUCAAAAAGGAGUCUUCUGUGCCUUACAAAUCCUAAGUGACGCCAUUUGAUUUGUGUCAGCACAUUCUCCUGAUCUCUAGUGUCUCCAUCAACCAGUGGAGGGUGAUGAGGGGGGUGGGGAGCCUGCAGCUCGUUCUGCUUUUGGCCUUGACCUCCAGAGCCACAGGCCUCAACAUCCCUCUGGAAGUGGAGCAGCCUCCAACCAUAGUAACUCACACAGCUGGUCCCAUUAUUGCCCUUCCUUUUGAAAACACCAUCUCUAUCAGGUGUGAAGCCAGGGGCAAUCCUCCACCAGAAUACAGAUGGACAAAAGAUGGAAAAGACUUUAUCCCUCCCCACAAAAUAGACCGCAUGGAUGGAACUUUAGUGCUUUCAAUGAAGGACUUUGUGCAAUAUCGUGGUAAAUACAGAUGCUACACUUUUAAUAAGCUGGGAACUGCCAUGACGGAGGAGAUUGAACUGAGAGUUCCUAGUGCUCCCAAAUUUCCGAAGGAGUAUAAUCUCCCUAUUAUUGUUAAGGAGGGAGAGCCAAUCACCCUGGAGUGUAACCCUCCAGAAGGCGUGGCCCCACGUAAGAUCUACUGGAUGACCCUUGGUCUCGAGCACAUUGAGCAGGAUGAGAGGGUUUCCAUGGGCCUUGAUGGCAACCUGUACUUCUCCAAUGCCUUACAGAAAGACAGUCGUCAGGACUACUGUUGCUUUGCUGCCUUCACCAAAAUACGCACCAUUGCCCAAAAAACCGCGAUGGCUGUCGUGGUCAAGAGCUUGAAAAGUGGCAAUGAAUCGGCUGACAUCGCCAAUGCCACCGAAGCCCCCGCAGCGAGACUACCUGGCCUGCUGCUGCCCUCUGGAGUUCAGACAGAGAAGGUGCUGUUGAAGGGAGAGCGUCUCCAGCUUGAGUGUAUACCACAGGGAUAUCCCACUCCAAAAAUAAGCUGGAUGAAAAUGGGAGACAGGCUGCCUCCAAGGACAAAAUAUGACAACUAUGGAAAGCUGUUGUCCUUAUCUGAUAUAGAUGAGAGGGAUGCCGGGAAAUACUUGUGUAAAGCCCAAAACUCUGCUGGAGAGGCUGUUCACUACUUUGAUGUAAUAGUGGAAGAGCCGCCAAAGUGGCAGACAGAGCCUCCUCCGAGCCAGCUGACCGUGAUUGGGUCUGAUGUUUACAUCAAAUGCUCCGUCAGUGGAAAACCACAGCCAGAGAUAACAUGGAGGAGAAAUGGAGAGUUUUUCAGAGAUGACCCAGAGAACAACAGGCGAGUACUCGAUGACACUGUGGUGCUCCAUAACGCCAAACCAGAGGACAGUGCUGUCUACCAGUGUGAAGCCUCCAACAGUCAUGGCAGUGUUCUGGCCAACAUUAACAUCAUGGUUAUAAAUAUGGCACCUCGGAUAUUGACAAGGGAUAACCAAGAAUACUCUGUAGUACUAGGAGGGGAUGUCAUCAUGAACUGCAGUGUUUUCAGCUCUCCACCAUCAAACAUCUCAUGGUCCAAGGAUGGGAAAGCCAUUGUGGGAGAACAAUUUCUUGCUCUGAGUGGAUCUUUGCAAAUCAUUGGUGCAGAAAAAAACGACAGUGGGAAAUAUGUGUGUGUCGCCUCUAACACGGAGGGCAGGUCAACUGUCACUGCUUACCUGGAUGUGAAAGACCCCACAAAAAUAGUAAUUCCACCUCAGGACGUGCAGAUCAUCAGUGGGACCACAGCCCAGUUGAUGUGCCAGGCAGAGUAUGAUAAAAGCCUGCGGGGUGCCUUUGAGGUGGUAUGGAGGAAGGAUGGUGAGGAUAUCCCACUUUACUUUGAGGAACAUUCCAGAUACUUUGUGGACGAUGGCAUGCUGCAGAUCAUGAAUGUGAACCAGAGCGAUCAGGGAAUAUACACAUGCAUUGCUAGAACCGGCCUAGACGAGGACAAUGCCACUGCACUACUCACCGUGCUGGAUAUUCCUGAUGGUCCAAAAAAUGUAAAGAUAUCUGAACUAAAGAGUCCGAGAAAUGUUCACCUGUCUUGGAUACCUGGGAGUGAUCACAAUAGCUCUGUAACAGAAUUUGUAGUGGAGUAUGAGGAAAACCAAUGGGAGCCUGGCAGGUGGAAGGAGCUACAGAAAGUUCCCGGUAACCAGGCAACAGCCGAGCUACCAUUACGUGGACACCUUAACUACCAGUUCAGAGUGUAUGCUGUUAAUGCUGUUGGACCUGGACCCCCCAGUCAGCCCACUGAGAGAUACAAAACACCCCCUGCUGCUCCUGAGAGGAACCCAGAAAACAUCAAAAUUCAAGGCCAUCUUCCUCAUCAAAUGGACAUUAGCUGGGAGCCGCUGUUGCCUAUUGAACACAAUGGGCCAGGCCUGGAGUACAAGGUGAGCUACAGGAAACUGGGGGUGGAAGAUGACUGGAGGGAGCAUCUGGUCAAAAGACACUCCUUUGUCGUGAGGAACACGUCCACUUUUGUUCCCUACGAGAUCAAAAUUCAGAGUAGGAACAGCCACGGCUGGGGACCAGAUCCUAAAGUCGUUACUGGCUACUCUGGAGAAGAUGUCGUCUUUUGGCAUUGUCUGCGGGAAAAUGUGUCAGUCCCGACUGCAGCACCACGGGACGUAGCAGUGGAGGUGAUCAACACCACUGUUCUGAGGGUUAGCUGGACCCCGGCACCACCUGCCACAGUGAGAGGUCAUCUAGGGGGCUAUGAUGUUCACUGGUUGAGGAAAAAAAGUUUGCUGAAUCCCAACAAGAUUUUAGAUGAGCGCCAGACCCUGUCUUUUCCUGGGAAGAGGACUCAUGCCAUCGUACCGGGCCUAAAACCAUUCUCUGAGUACAGACUCACUGUCAAUGUUUUCAACAAGAAGGGCAAUGGGCCCCACAGUGACCCGGUAACCUUCAGCACUCCAGAGGGAGGUGAGAUGACGCAAACAUACAACAUGCAAAUUUCCUCUAUAGUUAAUGAGACCACACUGGAGGUGGUUGAUUCCCAGGAGAAGAACAUCACUGAGGCUGACACCACCCAGUGGCAGCUCCAGGGCUUAGAGGAGGGCAGCCUCUACCGUUUCCACCUCAGUGCCUGCACUCGAGCAGGUUGUGGACCUGCACUGGCUCAAGAGAGCAGCACCGUUGCUCAUGCACAUUUGUCCCAGACUCCAGCUGUGGCCCCUAUUCAGAGCAGCCUCAACUGCUCUCUCUCUUUUCCCAGCUCUAUCGCAGGAAAUUCUGCUCAUCCUUAUUUAGUUCCGGCCCUGUUGAACAUAAGCUCUUAUGUAAGUGACACCUUUGCCAAAAUCAGCUGGACUGCCAGAGAAGAGCAGCAGGACUCUGAGCUUUAUGUGGCUUAUAUGAAUAACCGUGAUGGUAACUGGCGGAUUUCAGAGGCUGUAAACACUUCUCAAAGUUUCCACGUAAUUGAUGGGCUCAAACCUGGGACGGUGUACACAGUGCGCCUCAUGGCCAAGAGACUGCUCGAUAACGCUAGCAUUUUUGAAGAUGUUAUCGAGACUCAAGUCAAAGGCGCAGCAGGUCAGCGGAGCGACUUUUCGACCCAGGGCUGGUUCAUUGGGACCAUGUGUGCCGUGGCGCUCCUCACCCUUGUCACACUCACGGCCUGCUUUGUGCGGAGAAACAAAGGUGGCAAGUAUGCAGUGAAAGAGAAGGAGGACCUCCACCCUGACGUAGAGUCACAAGGGAUGAAUGAUGACACCUUCUGUGAAUACAGUGACAGUGAAGAGAAGCCACUGAAGGGCAGUAGCUCGUGCUCCCUGAAUGACGCGUUGGGAGACAGCAUCAGCAGAGACAGCCUGGUUAACUAUGCUGAUGGUGGAAGAGAAUUCAAUGAGGAUGGUUCUUUUAUUGGAGAAUAUUCCGGACACAUGCACAGAGGUUCCGUUAGUGAGCCUAGUGGACCCGGACCAGUCACUGCAUAAAACCCGCUUCCAGUUAAUAUGGUCUGCUUCAGACUUUUUCAAAAUACAUUUUAAAAUUUUGCUUCACUGGCAUUAAAUAUAACUUUAAUAGCCAAAUAUGGGCUAAUAAACAUGACUCAAAUGUGCAGAAGAUUUGCCUAGGGACUCCUUUCUUUUUACAUACAGUAAGAGAAUGACAUGUAUCAUUUGAGUUUUUCCAGAUUUUAUUAAUAAAAAUUGUGUUUUUUGUUUCUAUAAGACAUGAUCAUAAGCUGUGUAUAUUGAAAAAUGAAAAUGUCCAGUACA